AUGUCGCUAUCUUACUACUUGAAGCAUUUGCUCUUGGGGUCACUGGUGGCCUCCACCCUCGCUCGUCCACAGCAAAAGCCCCUUGCUGACGACGAUGACGACACCCCUCUGCCGGUUGUGAUCUGGCACGGACUUGGCGAUGAUUACUCGGCGCAGGGCCUUCGUCAGGUUGGCGAGAUUGUCGAAGCGGCCAACCCUGGAACCUUUGUCUACUUCAUCCGUAUGGACGACAAUGCUGCACAGGACCGCAGCGCGACCUUCUUCGGCAACCUGACGGAGCAGGUCCAAAAGGCCUGUGACGACAUUGCCAGCCACCCCAUCCUCUCGACGGCCCCGGCCAUCGACGCGCUCGGCUUCAGCCAGGGCGGCCAAUUCCUACGGGCGUACGUCGAGCGCUGCAACUCGCCACCCGUCCGCAGCCUGGUCACGUUUGGCUCUCAGCAUAACGGUAUCAUUGAUUUCAAGGCCUGCUCCGCCACGGACUUCCUCUGCAAGGGCGCCAUGGCCCUUUUACGCGGCAACACAUUUUCGCAGUUUGUGCAGAGCCGGCUGGUGCCCGCGCAGUACUUCCGCGACCCGGCCAACAACUACGACAAGUACCUCGAGUCCAGCAACUUCCUUGCCGACAUCAACAACGAGCGCGUCCUCAAGAACCAGACCUACAAGAAGAACCUCGCCAAGCUGGUCAACUUUGUCAUGUUUGCCUUUGCCGAGGACACCACCGUCAUCCCAAGGGAGACGGCAUGGUUCGAGGAGGUCAACGGCACCGAGGUUAUCCCUCUUCGCGCCAGAAAGCUUUACACGGAGGACUGGAUCGGUCUCCGCGAGCUGGACCGUAACGGCGGUUUGAAGCUGAGAACCUGUCCCGGCGAUCACAUGCAACUUUCUGAUGAAUUGCUCCAUGACACAUUUUCAGAGUUCUUUGGGCCUAACAAAAAGAAUUUUGGCAUGGACGGUGGUGCGGAUGAUCUGGAUCUCUCGCGGGAAGAUGAGCUCUAG